GGAUGAGCGCCUAAUGCGAGGAAGAGGGCGUUUUGCUGAUAUCACGUGGCCAACUGAGUGAGCCAUGUCCGGAGGUGGACUCGAAGAAAUCGGUAUUCCGGGAAAGGAGUACCUCAGAAAGGCCCUGACAAGCUGUUCAGAUCCUUUGAAGGCAAUUGGUGACUUUCAGGCCGAGAAUGGCAUCCUGCUGCCGUCGCUGCGGCCGAUGCUGCCGCUGCUCGACCUGCACGGCGUCAAGCGGUUCGAGUUCCACAUGUCCGUCAUGGAGUCCUGUUGCGAUAAGCUGAUCCAGCAGAUCAACGCCAUUGCGGCUGGGGGCCGCGAGCGGGACAAGAAGCUGCGCGACCUCCUGCACAAGUCGUUCCCGGUCAUCAGGUUCAAGACGCUGCGGCCCGUCGUCAUGGCCAUCCUCAAACACACCGAGGUGGACCACAAGUUCCUCAAGGUCUUGGUGCGUGACAAGGAGCUCUACAACGACCUGGACACGGAGGUGAAGCGCCAGAUCUGGACGGAUCACCAGACGCUGUUCGGAGACGAGGUGUCGCCGCUCUUCAUCCAGUACGUGCAGGAGAAGGAGGCGGCGCUGCUCACACACACCAACCUCACCAACUUCUUCGACCUGACGCCCAAGGUGCGGCGGCAAGGCGAGAUCAUCCAGAAGAUCGUGCACAUGAUCGGCCACAGCGUCAAGCUUUACGACAUGGUGCUGCAGUUUCUGCGCACGCUCUUCGUCAAGACGCGCAACGUUCACUAUUGCACUCUGCGUGCGGAGCUGCUGAUGGCCCUGCACGACCUCGAGAUCCAGGAGAUCGUCGACGUGGACCCGUGCCACAAGUUCACCUGGUGCCUGGACGCCUGUAUCCGGGAGCGGACCGUGGACAACAAGCGCGGCCGCGAGCUGCAGGGCUUCCUCGACUCGAUCAGGAAGGGCAACGAACAGAUCCUCAGCGACCUGUCUAUGAUCCUGUGCGACCCGUUCGCCGUCAACUUCCUGGCGACGUCGGCGCUGAAGAUCCUGGCGCAGCUCAUCAACAACGAGAGCCUGCCGCGCGAGCACACUGUGCUGCUGCUGCUGCUGCGCAUGCUGGAGCUGGGCCUACACGCCUGGGACAUGAUCGACCGGCAGGAGUUCCGCGAGCCGCGGCUGGACCCGCAGGUGGUCACCAAGUUCGUGCCGUCGCUCGUCUCGCUCAUCGUCGAUGACCAGGUGCGCGCGCUCAACCAGAAGCUGCCGCCUGACGAGCGGGCCUCGGCCAUCACCAUCAUCGAGCACUCGGGCCCACCGCCGGACGCCUACCAGGCGUACAUAACCGAGUCGAGCGUGGCCUGCCUGCUGGCCGUCUACUACACGCUGCAGACGGCGCGCAGUCGCGACCGCGUGGGUCUGAUGCGCGUGCUCGGCUGCCUGUCGGCCAGCGAGGGCGACCGCGCCUUCGACGACACCUUCCUGCACACACUGGUGACGCUGCUGAUCGGGAUGUCGGACGAGCUCGCCACCGAGGACUUCUGCACCGUUAUCUUCGACGAGUUCUUCUUCACGGCGCUGGCCCGCGAGAACGUAGUGCAGCAGCUGGGCAAGCUUCUGUGGCACACGCAUGCCAAGUUGCCGCACGCGCGCCGCGAGACCCUCAUGCAGGCGCUUCACCAUCAGCCCAACCUGCGGCCGCUGCUGGAACAGCUGCGGGAGAAGAUGGAAAAGGAUGAGUGCGACGUCGAGAUGGCGCCACCGCCGCCGCCCGCCGACUCCCCGCUGAUAUCGGUACCGACGCCAGCGCCGCACCGCGCCAUGCAGUACCCAUCCGAAGAGAAGGCGGAGGAGGAGUCCGGCUGCGGCCGCUCGGAGCCGUUCAGGCCCACCUGCUGGGACUUCAGCACGCCGUUCCUGUACGUGCUCUCUCUGGCCGCCAGCCUGAUGAGCAUCGUGCCGAUGGGCCGCGUCACCUUCAUCUGGCAGAACCGCGCCGGCCGGAGCAACUUCGCCAUCUGCCCUCUGUACGCGGCGGCGCGGGACCGCGACAGCUGGGGCCAGCACGACAGCAGCGCCUGCUACGUGGCCACGUUCGUGCCGGUGGCGCCGCUGGCCGUGGCGCUCUGCCUGUGCGUGUACACGCUGGCGGCGGUGGUGUACGCGGAGCGCAGCCGCCAGCGCCGCUCGGUCGCCGGCGACGUCACCACCUGCGUCACCACGCUGGUCACGUGCGCCCUGUGCCUGGCGCAGGUUGGCAUCCUCACGGACGGCGUGCGCAACACCUGCUUCGGCUUCCAGGUGGAGGACUUCGAGUACGAGGGCAAGGUGCGCAUGAGCAGCUUCAACGAGGUACUCACCUGCCGCCAGGGGUUCGACACCAAGGACCGCGACCACAUGAUCACGGCGAUGGACACAUACGGCCAGCUGAUAACGGCGAUGGUCGGCUCCUGGAUCAACGCCAGCGUCUGGCUGCUGCUGCUGUUCGUGGCGUGCUCGCGAGCCUGCCACUGUCGUGGGUCCGACUCGGAGGAUCGCCGUCUGGACUAG